UCUGAUACCAAAUUGGAAGAAAGUCAUCCUGCAAGGAAUUUCUGCAAAACACACAUUUUCAGAAAUGGAUAUCGGCCUAGCGGUUGGUGGUGCAUUUCUUUCUUCAGUUCUGCAGGUUCUCUUUGAUAGACUUGCUCCUCAGGGUGAGCUGCUGAAGAUGUUUCAGAGGGACAAGCAUGACAUUCGACUGUUAAAGAAGCUGAGAAUGAUCUUGCUUGGUCUUCAAGCUGUGCUAAGUGAUGCAGAGAAUAAGCAGUCAUCCAAUCCAUACGUUAGUCAGUGGCUUAAUGAGCUUCAAGAUGCUGUGGACACUGCUGAAAACUUAAUGGAAGAAAUCAAUUAUGAAGUUUUGAGACUAAAGGUGGAAGGUCAGCAUCAAUAUCUUGCAGAAACAAGCGACCAACAAGUAAGUGACCUCAACUUGUGCUUGACUGAUGAAUAUUUUCUUGACAUAAAGGAGAAGUUGGAAUACGCCAUUGAAACACUGGAAGGGUUGCAAAAACAAAUUGGUUACCUUGGCCUUAAAGAGUAUCUUGAUUCAGGUAAACAAGAAACUAGAAGACCUUCAACUUCUGUGAUUGAUGAAUCUGAUAUAUUUGGUAGGCAGAAUGAAAUAGAGGAAUUGGUUGACAGUUUAUUGGCUGUUGAUGCAAAUGGAAAAAAUUUGACUGUAAUUCCUAUUGUUGGAAUGGCUGGGAUUGGCAAGACAACACUUGCAAAAGCUGUUUACAAUGAUGAGAAGGUAAAAGACCAUUUUGAUUUGAAAGCUUGCAUUUGCGUGUCUGAACCAUAUGAUAUUUUUAGAAUAAUAAAAGGGUUACUUCAAGAAAUUGGUUCAUACAACUUGUUGGUUGAUAACAACCUAAAUCUGCUUCAGAUCAAAUUGAAGGAACACUUAAAGGAAAAAAAGUUUCUUAUUGUUUUAGACGAUGUUUGGAAUGACAACUACAACGAGUGGGAUGACUUGAGAAAUUCUUUUUCACAAGGACAAACUGGAAGUAAGACCAUCGUGAUGACGCGUAAGGAGAGUGUUGCCUUGAUAAUGGGUAGUAGGCCAAUUAACGUGGGGACUCUGUCUAGUGAAGUAUCUUGGCCUUUAUUCAGAAGACAUGCAUUUGAAAAUAGGGAUCCUAAGGAACAUCCAGAACUUGAAGAGGUAGGAAAACAAAUUGCAAACAAGUGCAAAGGUUUACCUUUAGCACUAAAGACACUUGCUGGUUUGUUACGCUCCAAAUCUGAGGUUGAAGAGUGGAGGCGCAUUUUGAGAAGUGAAAUAUGGGAGCUGCCGGACAAUGGCAUAUUACCAGCGUUGAUGCUGAGCUACAAUGAUCUUCCUGCGCAUUUGAAGCGAUGCUUUUCCUAUUGUGCAAUAUUUCCCAAAAAUUAUUCAGUUUGCAAAGAACAAAUCAUUCAACUCUGGAUUGCUAAUGGUCUCGUACAACCGUUGCAAAAAGAUGAAACAAUUGAAGAUCUAGGCAACCAAUACUUUCUCGAGUUGAGAUCAAGAUCAUUGUUUGAAAGGAUCCGAGAGUCUUCUAAAGGGAAGGCAGAGGUAAUCUUAAUGCAUGACCUUGUCAAUGAUUUGGCCCAAAGUACAUCUUUGAAACUUUGUAUCAAUUUGGAAGAUAACGGAGGAUCUCAUACGCUGGAGAAAAGUCGACACAUGUCAUAUUCAAUGGGAUAUGGUGACUUUGAGAAAUUGAAAUCCCUCUACAAAUUGGGAGAGCUGAGAACAUUGCUUCCAAUCAGUUUUGAGCUGGAUAGUUUGUUUCCUCUAAGCAAGAGGGUGCUGCAUAACAUUUUGCCAAGUCUAAUAUCCUCAAGGGCACUAUCAUUGUCUUGUUAUCAAAUCAAGGAGUUGCCAAAUGCCUUGUUUAUCAAAUUAAAGCUCCUAAGAUAUUUGGACCUUUCUCGGACAGAAAUAAAACAGUUACCAGAUUCAAUUUGUGUACUGUACAACUUAGAGACACUUCUCUUGUCACACUGUAGUUAUCUUGAGGAGCUACCCCUGCAGAUGGAAAAGUUGAUCAACUUGCAUUACCUUGACAUUAGUAGCACUUAUCGCUUAAAGAUGCCGCUACAUCCAAGCAAGUUGAAAAACCUCCAUAUGUUAUUGGGAGCUAAUUUUUUUCUAGGUGGCUGCAGUAGUCCGAGAACAAAAGAUAUGGGUGAACUACAUAACUUGUAUGGAUCUCUAACAACUUUAGAGUUGCAAAAUGUGGUUGAUAGAAGGGAAGCUCUGAAGGCAAACAUGAGGGAAAAGGAACAUGUUGAAAAGUUAACAUUGUAUUGGGGUGGAAGUAUUGCUGAUAAUUCACAAAAUGAAAGAGACAUACUUGAUGAACUGCAACCAAAUACAAAUACAAAAGAAAUCCUAAUCAUUGGAUAUAGAGGGACAAAAUUUCCAAAUUGGCUAGCUAAUCAUUUGUUUGUUAAACUGGUGGAGUUAUCUCUUGUUUGUUGCAAGGACUGUGAUUCAUUGCCAGCUUUAGGAGAACUUCCUUCUUUGAAGUUUCUUGCCAUUAUGGAAAUGGAUCGAAUAGCAGAGGUGACUGAAGAGUUCUAUGGUAAUUCGUCCUCCAGAAAGCCUUUUAACUCUCUUGAGAGGCUUGAAUUUGCAGAUAUGCUGGAGUGGAAGCAGUGGCAUGUACUAGAAAUUGGAGAGUUCCCUAGACUUCAGUAUCUUUCAAUUGAAAGCUGCCCCAAGUUGAUUGGAAAGUUGCCUGAAAAUCUUUCUUCUUUGACAAGAUUGACAGUUUCAAAAUGUCCUGAACUACUUUUAGAGACACCAAUCCAACUCUCAAGUUUAAAUGAGUUUGAAGUUGUUGGCUCUCCUAAGGUUGGAGUGAUACUUAAAGGAUGUGAUUCUAUGGAUGAUAUAUCACCUGAGUUGGUUCCAAGAGCAGGAGAAUUGAGAGUAGAUCAUUGCCACCACCUGACAAGGCUUUUGAUUCCCACUGGGACUGAACUUCUGGAUAUUUCUGGAUGUAGGAAUCUUGAAAUACUUUCGGUGGCAUGCGGGUGUUCAGACAUGUCAUUGCGUCGUUUGGGUAUUUUCAAAUGCCAAAAGCUUAAGUCGCUGCCAGAACGAAUGCAGGAACUCUUUCCAUCUCUUAAAGAACUGUUACUCCAAGAUUGUCCAGAAAUCGAGUCCUUUCCUGAAGGAGGAUUGCCUUGCCAUUUAGAAGUCCUUCGGAUCGAGUAUUGCAAAAAACUGGUGAAUGGCCAAAAGAAGUGGUGUUUACAGAGAUUCCCCUGUCUCACAGAUUUAAGCAUCAUUCAUGAUGGUAGUGACGAAGAGAUUCAUUUGGAGUUACCUUGCUCAAUUCGGCGUCUUACUAUAUACAAUCUGAAAACAUUUAGCAGCCAGGAUAUCAAGAGCCUCGCCUCUCUUGAAUCUCUACACACUGGUAAGUUACCUCAAAUUCAGUCACUGCUCGAAGAAGGGCUUCCCUCAUCUCUCUCUGAACUAAAAUUGUGUUACCAUCAUGAGCUCCAUUUGCUACCGACGGAAGGUCUUCGACGCCUAACCUCACUUCAAAGUCUACGGAUCAUGUCCUGCAAUCAACUCCGAUCUCUUCCAGAGUCAGUGCUGCCCUCCUCCCUCUCUAAGCUGAGCAUCUACGAUUGUCCUAAUCUCCAAUCUAUUCCAGAAUCAGCGCUGCCCUCCUCCCUCUCUGUGCUGAUCAUCCAGAUUUGUCCCAAUCUUCAAUCUCUUCCCGUAAAAGGGAUGCCCUCUUCCCUUUCUGAGCUGAGUAUUAGUUUUUGCCCUAAUCUCCAAUCUCUUCCAGUAAUAGGGAUGCCCUCUUCCAUCUCUAAACUAUCUAUUUACAAGUGCCUGCUGCUCGAACCACGUCUAGAAUUUGACAAGGGGGAUUACUGGCCAAAAGUUGCUCAUAUUUCCACCAUACAAGUCGACGGGGAACAUCUGUGAUGAACCAGUGGUGCUAUAAUACAUAGAGGACACCUGCUGCAUAUGAUCAAUCCUCUAUCUGUAAGUUGCAUUGUGUGAGACAAGCAUUUCUUCCAACCAACCUACUGCAGCAUUGUGUUCUGUAUGGUGCACAGCUUUUCCAAAUUUCUUUCCAAGGCCAAGAUGAGACGGCGAUGGAGUUUUCCUUUGAAGGAUGGAGUAGCAUGACUUAACAGAAAAAAACUUCUUUUGCACCCUUUCAACACAAGCACACACUAUGCUGUUCCCAGUCAUUUCAGUUCCUUCAAAAGUCUAAAUUCCACACAUGACUGGAGUAAUAAUCAGCAACAAGAGCUAUCUGAUUGGAAGCCAAAGCAAAGAGGUCAGGGAAUUGUUGUUUGAGAGGGGUACGACCCACCCAAGCAUCAUGCCAAUGCUUAUCUUCCUUCCAUUUCCCAACUGAAAAUAGUGUGUAGCUUCUAUCUCCACUAUGAAGCCAAGGAAUCAUCUUCAGGUCAGGAUGAAUUUAAUGUUAGAUCAUGCCAAAGUCAAGGGAGUUGAGCAAGGAGGAUAUGGUUUAGAGUUACGUACAUACACUCUUGAAUGCAAAGCCCUAAUAGAAUCAAAGGAUUUUGGUAAAAAUAUGUAAGCUAUUAGAGCUCUUGGCUCAUUUGGUGAAAGUAAAGUUGUGCUGACAUUCUCUAUUGAAUAGACAAUCACCUCAACUGUGGUCUACCAGCAAAGUCUUAAAGUAGGUCUGCAGUUUUGUUAUAGCUGAGUGUGACAUUAAGCUUACAUUGCACUGUUUAUACAUUGGUCCAGGUUUUCUUCCAAAAUAUGAUAACAAAUCCGAGAGCAGUGUUUGACAGAAUGGAAACAUUUUGCUUCAAGUAUCUCCUAAUGAAUGACCUAAGCGUGGGACGAAUAUUAACCUUUGUCAUCCGAAGCUUGAUAAGCAUGAAGAUAUGUUGUACUCCUGGUGAUAUGCAGUACAAUACAAAGGAAUGAUUUCAGUCUGGAACUGCCUUGCUUAAUUGAGAAGUUACAAUUCGAAUUAAAAAACCCUUCCUCCGUCAGUGAUGUACAACUCGAGCAUUACCCUGUGCUCCAAUCUCUUCUAGGAAAAGGGCUACCCUCGUCCACUGCUAUAACUGCAUCUUGAAAUUGAGGAAGUAAGAGGAGUGGCCAGAGAUUGCUCAAACCCAUUGUAUGGGUUGAUAUUGAACUCAUCUAGCGAGCAAGAUCAUUGGUGGUAUUAUUAAGGCGACAUUGAUGCAAUUUAUCAGCCCUUUAAUCUGUUGGAAGCAUCAUUGAGAGGAUAAGCUUGCGAUUUCUGAGAAGAAAAUUGAUUAGAAUGAUGUAAUGCCUGGAGUUUCAUCUCUAGUAGCAUCUCAAAGGCGUGCGUUAUUCCACUUGAAACGUAGAGCUCCAAUACUAAGGAGAUUGCAUUUUUCAAGUGAUACAUCCCUACUUUGUCUUCCUUGAGAUAAAGUCUUGCCUUGCUGAAAAGUUUUUGAUACUCUGAAGCUUUCAUCAGUAUUUAUUCCUCUGGAUUGAACAUCAAUGUUGUCCUACUGUCUAAUUUCCAAUGGAACAUUAUGUAAUGCUCCCUACUGCCACUGCACUCUACUUCAGUGGAUGAGUGAGUAUUCAUAUUAUUUUGA